GCCUUCUGCAGCCCCUCCAACACAUUCAGGUAACCUGCGCGACUGCACACAACGCCCGCACGAGACAACCCACAGCCACCAUGAGCGCUGGAGCAAAGAAGCGGAUCAUGAAGGAGUACGGGGAGUGUAUGAAAGACACGCCUUCGGGCAUGAAGAUCAACUUCGACGAGCAGAAUAUGACGGAAUGGGAGAUUCUCCUGGACGGCCCCGAGCAGUCAAUAUACUCUGGCGGACAUUUCAAGCUGAAGAUGACGUUCCCAACCGAGUACCCCUUCAAGCCCCCCGUCGUCAGCUUCAAGACUAAGAUAUACCAUCCUAACGUCAGCAACGACGACAAAGGAUCGAUGUGCUUGGGAAUGCUGCGCCCUGACGAGUGGAAGCCGCCCAACAAGGUCGUGUCUGUCCUCCGCCUCAUUCAGACUCUCCUGAUCGAGCCGAAUGCCGACGAUGCCAUCGAGCCGUCUAUCGCGAACGAGUACAAAGAGAAUCGCAAGGAGUUCGACAAGACAGCGAAGGAUUGGGUCAAGCGAUAUGCGAAGUAGACCUUGUGAGGGGUCUCGUGGUAGGCGGUAUUUGGAAUUCCCCCUUACUGCAUCUUUUGGGCGUUCGGCGACACUAGCAUCUGACCGGAAUGCUGUAUUGGCAGAUACGAGUGGACUGGAGGCAAUUGG